AGCGAUUCUCCCUGCGUGACACUCCUUAUCCGUUUGCCUAACCUUGGCGCUGAACGAGUCGAAUCGAAUAACACAAGGCGAUAACAAUAUUCUGGCGUUAUUGGAUAUCAAAAGAAAAGGAGGAUAUUGCCGUGGAUAGGCUGGAUUAAAAAUGGUCGGCAGAGCGUCUGUUCCUCCGGAAGGUGCCUCAGUUUUCAUGGAACAACCUAAUUUCCGACGUAGUUUUUCGCGUGCUUCCCGGAUAGCGACGCAAGAACCUGAUACCAACGAGUCCUUCAUGUCUCAAACAUCUCAGUCACAAUCUCUCCCCACUACACCCCUCACUACAACCUUUGAAAAGCCAGGCAAACGCCGGAGGACACAACAGUCAGUCGACGGAGACGACAAGGCUUCGCAAAUGUCGCAGGAUGUCCCUGAGACGCCAAAUCAAAAUGACUCAUUUAGCGCUCCUCAGGUAACAACAUCCGGCUUUGUUGCCGUAAAUCACGCGCGGAAUCAUAAGCCUGAAGUUCCAAAUGGCGACACGGCCGAGACCGCUACACCGGCAUCUAAUGGCAAACGCAAUUCUCAGUCUGCGAAACAGUCUAAUUUACACGCCUUUCUUGAGAAUGGGCGUCAUUCUGUGACUGAGACAGAGGUGACUGAAUCAAAGAAGGACAAUGCUAACAAAGCACCCGCUCUGGAAACCUCCGUCACUGAAGGCAACCGCAAAAUGCGAAAGUCCAUGCCGGCUAAACUCAAGAAAGCUGAAGGCGUUGAAAACAUCCCUGACCAGCCUCAAAUUACUACCCCGCGUCCAGGACGCAAGUCGAAAAAUGCAGCAACCGAAGCCAACACCAAACUCUCCAAGAUGUCUGCUCGUGGGCCCCGACAGAAGACCGUCGAGAAGGCCCUCAAAGAGCAAAAUAAUACAGCCCCUGCUACUCCAGUAACGGCACCCACCCGUCGCGAGCGCAAGUCUGCAAGGAAGAAUCAAGAAAACGUCGCAAACGUUGCAAAUUCUACCAAUGCUACUCCAUUGCGAUCUACCACUAGAAGACAUGGAGCUCCCCAGGAUGUGAACGGAACCCGUGAACCGGAAGUGCCAGAUAGCGCAUUGCAGUCUCCCGACAGUACUCAAUCCGAUAACGAUACGGAAGUUUAUGUUGACGGUCAAACGGACGGUCAAGCAUCUCCGAAAAGCUCUGCAGCUGCGCGUAUCUCCCGCCGGAACAGGAAGCCUACGAUGCGGGCAAUGGAGUCCUUCGAAUCAGAAAAGCGAUACCGCCGAAAAACAGGAAAUUCCAUCAGAGCCGAGUCGCAAUCUGGUGAACUGAACGGGACCGUUCAUCCUGAUUUAGCGCUUGUUGCCCAACGAUUGUUUGAACUAGCCAUGGAAGCCGUGUCACCAAGUUUCAAACCGACCCCAGAUGCCAAAACCCAGCUCGCCCAGUUACGCAAGGAGUAUUACGCCAAGAAAGAACAACAAAACGCUCCGCCAUCGACACGUAAGGGCAAGGCUGCGGCGGCGGCGGCGGCGACAGCAGCGACAAAUAAACCAGGUGUUACGAAGAAGAGUAAGCAAAUCUCGCAGCCGUGGAAGGACGAGAAAGGCUGGAAACACACGGGCUUCGUCAACGAGCAUGGAGAGGAAUACCUCAUGGUACCUUCUGACUCUGAAGUGUAUCGCCCAAACAACACCUAUGGCGAUUCAAAGAUUCCACAACCGCCAAUCCGGCUGAAGUCUCGCGACCAAGUCGACAAAGACCGCAUUUUCGGUUUCCCUCCACGCAUCGGAGAGCGCAACAUCCCCCGAAACAGCCAGCUUACUUUUUACUACGAAAAUGUCGACGAAGUAAGGGAGAGAAUCCUGGCCCGCGAGGAGGCGCGCCGGGUCGGUCUUGUCGUCGACCGAUCGAUGCAGGCCGCAGAUAUCCGUGCUCUGAUUACCCAACAUGCCCCCCAUGCCAAACCAGCCAGUCCCAAGGAAACGUCUAAGCCGGUCGAAAAGGUCCGCAGACGACGCCGUACUCAGGUACAGAAUGAAGAUGGCUCGGACUACAAACCUCAGCCCAAGCAGCGACGACGUCGUCGGGCUACGGCGCCGGGAACGCCGGCUGAAGGAUCUGCACCCGAAUCACCCGAUAAGAAAUCAAUGAAGAUUAAAUUGAAAUUCGGAAAGGGCAUCGCCGCUGCUAUCGACGCUGGCAAUAACGGCGCGAAUGCCGAACCUCCCAAGAAACAAAGGCAGGAAAUCCCUCAAGCUGGUCGCGAAUUUGAUGAUUCUCACCCCAAUCAUAUUGUCCCAUCACCUCCUCAUGAAAUGCACAAUCAAAAUAAGCCUCUCGACUAUGAUACUCCAACUCCAAGUCCACCGAGAAAACGCACACUCUCUACGACCGAAAAUAGUCCAGAUGAGGCACACCUAGCAAAGAAGCAGAAGCUCUCAGAAUCCGAGGCGGCUGGUGAUGAGCAGGGAGUAAACGAUACACCCGGUCGGCGGCCCCGUCGUCGCGCUACGGGCACUGCGUUGGACCUAGUCAUGUCAUUCAUGACAUGAUUUGAUUCGGCCACCACAGCGCUUCUCUUAAUUCGGCUUACCGUAUCUGAGCUGAAAUCCGGCUUUCCGGCCAUCGCGCGUCCGCGACCGUUUGGCUGUUACCUCUACCUAUCUACCUUCUCAGCACUGCACGAGAAGCCCUUUUUGUUCGAUUACACUAAUAUCAACCGUUCCGAUCUCCAACUCAUCCGAGAGAUCCUUUCUCUACGUAUUCUGUUUUGUCCGCUAAAUUGCAAGUCGGGUUGGUUGUGUGAUUGUGUCCUGUCUUGAUGGCUUGCAUUGAUUGGUCUGUUUGAUUAUUGAUUAGUUUGAGUACGGAGUUGAAGUCUCCUUUGUCUGUUUUAUA